UGUGUGUGUGUGCUGGAUGCGUGUGAUCAUGUGUGUGUGUGUGUGUGUGCGCUGGUGAAAAUGGAACAGGCAGGUCAAGAGAAAAAAGAGCAGGGUUGGUGCUCGAGAAUUUAAGAGUUUGGCGUAUGAUAAAAGUAAACGGGGAUUACGUGGAAAAACGAAAUGCAGCAAAAGAACAGAUGAUUUAUGAGACAAAUAUGACAGAUGGGUUGAUUGGUCUUUUGCCUGCCGCGCAUGCGUAAGACAAUUUCAAACGACCCGCCCAGACUUUGACUAAGCCACCGCCCUAUGACGUAAAGCCGGAGGCGUCUUUAUACCCACUUUUGACAGUCACAGGAGGAGCCCUGGUGGUCGAAACAGAAACAAAGCUCUCUGGUCCACCCCCUACUCCUGUGACAAAUGAGGGCGGUGCUCACACAGCCUCGCUAAGAUUGAACCCUCCUCCAAAACUAACGCUGUCUCCUGAGUGUAAAUCACCUCUGGUGCCUAAGCCCCAAAAUAACAGCCACCCAGCGGAAAACCUCCCGAAUAUCCCUAAUCUUACUAGACAGCAGAUAAUGCAUGAGUCAACGCAAAACUCCUCACUUUACACGCCAGACCAUUUUGUUGCCAUAAACAAAUGCCCUCCCCCAGUAGAUGACAGCCUCUCACGUGCACAUCAGACAUUCUUGAACAACACACAACAGAGCCAGACUUUGUGGUCUCCUAUAACUGUUAAUGGCUCAUUGGAAGGCUACAUUGACCAACACCCACAUGAACCACAUGCAUACAACACACGCUCAAAAAAGCUGGAGGGACACGCAUAUCCACUUUUUCCUGAUAAAAGCGGCAGAUUUCAAUAUAAGCCUUUUGCUGUGGCAGACAUGCAAGCCAUUGUUGACAAACUUCCACCUGUGUCUGAAGGUGGGAGUCUUUGGCUCAACACAUUAGACAAGCUAACAGCAGGAUACACUCUCUCCGUAGCAGACUUUAGAAGCAUUUUGUAUCGUUGUGUUUCCACACAAGAUGGCAAAAAUACAGAACAACAAGCAGGAUUAAUGGCUGAAUCUUCGACCUCACCGAUAACACCAUACGUUACAAACAUAGCUACUGCUAUGCGCAGUCUCUUUCCUCAAGAUGAGGAUGAUAAGGCUAAUGACAGAGCAGCAAGGAAGCAACUCCUUAAUUUACAGAUCGCUGAAGAUAAAAGUUCAAAAGAACUAAUUAGUAAAAAAUCAGCUAGGGUAUAUUCAGCACUGGGUGACCUUGCUUCUGAGUUCCAACAGGUGGAGGAAAGAAUCCUCAACAGACGUGCGACCAGACGGUUGGACUCGGGUGGUGGACAACACGGUGCUUCAAAGCCAGUCCGGGGUGGAAACUGUUUCGGCUGUGACCAGCCUGGUCACUGGAGUCGUGACUGUCCGAACAUUUUCGAACAGGAAAGGUUCCGUAGUGCCAACAAACGAACACAAAAGCGUGGCAAAGGACGCCCACCGCAGGAGCCCCAGCAGGAGAUACAGACUGGCCCCCUGCUGGACAUGAGUGUCAACGGACAAUGUUAUCAGUUCGUGAUUGACACUGGCGCCACCCAUUCGAUUCUGAAUGCAGAGGUACCAAAGAAACUGUGUGCUUCCUCUUUAAAGGUCGAAGGAUUCGCUGGGGUCACAAGAAGGUUACCUGUCACCAAACCACUUCCGGUUCAGAUUGCGGGACACACACUAAAGCACCCCUUCGUGAUUGACCUGCACACACCCUGCCAGAUUGGUAAUGACCUCCUUUACAGACUGUACCCUGACAUUCAAUAUCGCACAGAAGGAACCUUCCUGGUGUUACCUGACGGCUCAACCACCAAGCUGCGACACCACUACCAAGGCUCUUCCAUGAGCUCAUACCACAGCCUGAAACAACAGGAAUGGCUGACAUCCAGCUGCUCUAACAGUGAAAACCCUGACUGACUGAGAUGCUUCCGUGUGUUCUGCCACCCGACUCGCCAUAUGUUAUGAUCACCAGUUAGACACUCAUACCAGGAGACCUUUGACUCCUUUGUAUAUUUAUAUAUGUUGGAACUCAAGGUGUGGUUGCUUAUGUUGACCUAUCUUUGAAACAACUAGCAUGGUAUAAGAUGGACACAAUUGUGUCCCACAUUGUUCACUUGCUCUCUGUCUCGCCUACAAAACCAAAGAACUUAGGUGCAAUGAUAAGACACGGCGUAGCUGCCAAACAUUACACCGACACCCAAAUACCACAUUUUCAAUUGUUUAGGUUUAGCACAUAGUUGUGUUAAACACAUAACUAUGGGCUGCACUUUAGACACCUGUAGGCUACGAGGAGCUAGCAGCUACACAACAGCUGAGCUAAAACGACACAUUACACAUUUAAGCAUAUCAAAUAAUUAUAGUUGCUCAUUACAUACACAAAGUUGCCAUGGCAGAAGUCUGAUAGAAAGUAUUCAGUAACAAACGUGUCCGCAUCAUUCGACUUUCUACAACAUGAGCUUGACUUAAUCAAUUAUUGGGGCCACCAGGUGUGGUAAAAUUUCAAAAUACUAUUGAUAAAGCAUCCGCCAUACGGGUAGUAUUUUUCUAGUAUUUGUGACAAUAUAAAAUAUAAGCAUAUUUAGUGGAGUUUGUUAUUUGUGAUAUUGCUAAGGGGUCCCCUACCCUAACAACACCCCCCAGUGGACCACAGAGGCUAAAGAGACUAUCAUAGACUUCAAACAUGACUUGUCCUCCGCUACUUGACUAUUAGCUGACCUUUUUCUUAGAUGUUUCUGAAAGUGAUAGUAUGACUAACACAGUCCUUUUUCAGAAACAGAAGGGGGUGAGUGAGGGUGGAUACAGACUCCUUGGAACAAAAUCGACAAUAAUCCGACUCUGACACAUUCCAUAGUUUUAACAUUUUUCCCGUGGGUAAGAAGUUAUAACUACAUUUUAAUUUGAAAAUAACGAUUUUACACAUCGAUAGUAGUUAAGUAGAUCAAAUUUAGAAUAGGGAGGAGGUGAGGGUGAACCAUGUAUAGUCUUUGAUUUCACUGAUAUGAUCAAUACGGUACAAGGGAAAAGGUACGUACUGACUUGUGUUGACAAUCACAGUGGUUGGCCGGAAGAAACAACAACCUCAAAAGAGGAUACAAUAUCAGUAAUUAAAUGACUUGUGAAUGACCUAGUACCCCGACAUGGUUUCCCCAAAAAGAUUAGGUCAGACAACGGCAACCAUUAAAAAAAAAAAAAAAAAAAAAAUUCCUCACUAGCCUUGGUCGAAAAGGCUUUCGGACUAGAACACAGGUUUGGGGUACCAUCCUGAGUCCCAAGGUAAGGUUGAAAGGAUGGACCAGAACAUUAAAAACUAAUUGGCUAAAAUCUGUGCACAGACCAAAUUUAAUUGGAUUGACAUGUUGCAAUUAGCGUUAAUGAUCAUUCGAAGGUCCGUGAAUAAAACUGUUUUACCGCCCUUUGAGUUUUUCACCCUAUGAGCUGCAUACAGGUCAGCCCAGGACCAGCAGCCGCCAUGGAAGGAGGACUCAGCGUAAAACCAAAAUGGUAUUUUACACAAAAAAUGCAGAAUUUGUGUGCCAGUUCUUCUGUACAGAUACGAGGAUGACAGCCCGCCACUCCAGAUUCCCUUCCGGCCGCUGAGAGGGUCAAGAUCUAGGUCAUCAAACGCAAGUGGACGGAGCCCAGGUGGACUGGUCCCUUCAAGGUCGUGGAACGGACGUCUCACGCCCUUCGACUAGCUGGUAAAGGGGACACCUGGUACCACCUCUCCCUCUACACUCCUGCUGAAGAACCUGACAGAUUACCAGCGGAUGUCAUUGCUGACAUCGCCACUACAUCUGCCCCACUCGACCCCCCAGCAGCGCCUUUUGAGCCUGAGGCAUCUGAAGAAGAACGGGAGCAGAAAACGACUCAUUUUUAGUGUGUGUGUUAACGAGGUAACACACAUAAGGGGUGAUUGUGCUAGUAACAUCUCCCCCUCUAGGUCAUAGAAGAGCGAGGCUUUAAUUACACACACAUAAUCCUACAGCCCAGAAGACGACGCUGAGAGGGAGAUUUUCUACCUAUAUUACUCUUUUUAACUUCUAUAUUGUAUAUCCUUAUGUGAGACCAGCCUUUAUACUCAAAGUUAUCCAAUUUCUCUUGCUUGUUUUCAGCAUAACUACAUGUGUCGUUACAUUAAGUGAAAAGUUUGAUGUUUAUCCCCGUUUUGUUACCUAAAUUACUCUGAUAUUGAUAGACGAAAGGCAGGAUGUUACACCCGGUAGUGUUCCCUGACGGACUGGUGCUUGGGCGUGUUCUACUGUUUUUGUGUCUCAGUUCAUCCUUCCUGACGACAGUGACUGACAAGUGUCUAAGAACAUACAGCGGACUUCAUAUAGACUGGGUCAAAGGGGAUAGCAAGACUUAUUUUUUGACCUGUGCAGUGUGAUUAAUUACAGGGGAUACAAUAGCUAUUACCGUGGUAAUAACCUCUAUAUUUGUUACGACUCAACCCUGAACCAUUGGUGUCGGAUGCAGACAACAUACUCUGGUAAGUUGUGCCAAGUCCCUUUUAUGUUGUUUUGGGGGUUGAACAGGCUGGUACGGACCCUAAAGGGCUUAUUAAAAUUAAUAUCCUUGAGAGGGCAUUAACUACCUCUAAACCCUCUGUAGCACCUAAAGUACCACCCCACCUUGGUGGUGUUUCAAAGGCUCUCACAUCUGUGCGUGCUAAUGACACCGAAGGCCUGGUAACUUUGACCUUUGACCUUAGGAGCAGGUGCAGACAACCUGUGGCUCAGGUGGAUGCCAAAACCUGGGUGACUGUGUUGCUUCUUCCGCUGGACGUCCCUUUUCCCACACUUACCCCGCCCCUUUUAAGUUGACUGACAUGUGUACCCUUCUGUUGACAAUGCCACCCGACUUCUUCCCUUUGUGGCCCAAAAGCUAAAUUACACGCGUUUUCAAAUUACAGGACCCUCUCCGUCCCCCAACAAAUUGAGUGACAUCAACCGUUACUGGUGCACCACACUGAUAGAUGGCUCUAGGAUAGGCCCUUAGGCACGAGCUGACUUAUUCUGGUGUUGUGGGAAGCACAGAUUGUACAUUAGAAUAUGGUUAGACUGGUGACCCCGCUCACCAAAUUAACACCCCUUGGAACUCCUGUUUCAGCGGCCUCUCUAACUCCCCGCCGCCGUUGAGACUAACCAACCUGACUCGUGACGCCGUUGAGGGACUUGCUGAACAACUUGCCCCGACCUCCCUCAGGGCCGUUCAGAUCCGCAUAGCCCUUGACCGCAUCCUAGCCAAGGAAGAAGACCCUGAUAAAAAGCGC